AGAUUUCCCUUUUUAUUCAACAUGUCACUGUAUUAUAUUCAAAAGUUUAACAAUUUUUUCAACUACUCGUGGUCCAUUUUUUCAACUACUCCGACAUGCCGCUCGUCAUUCAUUGUGUCUUUCGGCCUAAAAGAAGCUUCCAUUUGUUUGUUAAUCCUCUAUUCGUUAAUAUUUUCAUUUUUACAUUAUUGGAGGAUGAGACCCUGGAGAAGAAAGAAGGUGAGUGAGCAGAGGGAGUGGUUCUUGAAAAACGGCAGCACUUUCCUACAAGAACUCAUCGCAGAUUCCAACGGUAUUUCAAACCCGAUCCGGUUCUUCUCUUCGGAUCAAAUCCUCAAGGCCACGGAUCGAUUCCAUCCAAACUGCUUUAUCUCUCGUCACAGAUUCUUCACCUGGUACAAGGGCGUCAUCGAAGACCGACCUUACGCCAUCAAGAAAUUCACAGACUCAUGGUUUUCAGAAGAGAGUGAGCGAGAGGUUUACAACGACAUCGUUUUAUCUGCUCGGGUAAGCAACCAUAGUAGCUUUCUCAAACUUUUAGGAUGCUCUCUCGAGUUUCCACUUCCGGUUAUUGUAUUCGAAUACCCAGAGAAUGGAGUUUUGAACGAGCAAGGAGCUUGCGAGGACGGCACGUUAUUGCCUUGGAAUGUUAGACUGAAGAUUGCCAAGGAGGUGGCGGUUGCAGUGACUUAUCUCCACACGGCUUUCCCUAGGAUUAUUAUUCACAGAGAUAUCAAGCCGACUAAUGUUUUCUUGGAUAAGAACUGGAAUGCUAAGCUGACUGAUUUCACGUUUUCGGUAUCACUCCCUGUGGGGAAGUCCUGGAUUAAGGAUAAAGUGGUGGGAACUUUCGGUUACAUAGAUCCGGUUUACUUCUCCAGGGGUUUAGUGACAGAGUACACAGAUGUGUUCAGUUUUGGAAUCUUUAUGUUGGCUCUUUUGUUGGGAAGAGCGGCUGUUUUUGCUGGAUCAAAUGGGUAUCAUUGUAAUAUUCUUGAUUAUGUGAAGGAUCUGCAGGAGAGAGGAGAACCUCUUGAAUUCGUGGGUGGUGUGAACGAUAUGAUGCCUGGUCAGAUGAAUAUGUUUCUCGAUUUGGCACUGAGAUGCUGCCAGGGGAGGAGUGAAGACAGGCCAAAGAUGAUUUUGGUGGCAAAAGAGAUUAAGAUAAUAGAAAAAGGAUCCCAUGAUUGUUCUGAGGAUGAUCAAAUUUAAGAUUUUGAGAUUAUGCUCAUGUUCGGGUUGUGUGUUGUUGGAUUUCUAAUUUUUAAGAGUUUUUGUUUUCUAAAACAUCUCUUUUAUUCAGGACAAAAAAUUCAUUUUUAGGUAUAUAAUCUGUAUUAUGCUCA